GCGGUUUGUCCCUCUUUACUCGCCGUGAUCAGCUGCUGUGUGCGGGUGAAAGGUCACACCGCUACAGCAGACAAGAUGGAUGUCAACCAAGCAAAACAAGAGCAUCUUCUCGCUUUAAAAGUGAUGAGACUGACCAAACCGACACUUUUCACAAACAUGCCAGUGACAUGUGAGGACAGAGAUCUUCCAGGUGAUUCGUUUAUACGACUCAUGAAAGAUGAUCCGUCUACCGUGAAGGGGGCAGAAACACUAAUCCUGGGGGAAAUGCUGACCCUGCCACAGAAUUUUGGAAAUAUUUUCCUCGGCGAGACCUUCUCCAGUUACAUCAGUGUGCACAAUGACAGCACUCAAAUGGUCAAAGAUAUCCUAGUAAAGGCCGACCUGCAGACGAGCUCCCAGAGGUUAAAUUUAUCUGCGUCGAACUCGGCCGUAUCUGAACUCAAACCAGAGUGCUGUAUUGAUGAUGUCAUCCAUCAUGAGGUCAAGGAGAUUGGGACACACAUCUUGGUCUGCGCAGUGAGCUACACCACUCAGUCUGGAGAGAAGCUUUACUUUAGGAAGUUCUUCAAAUUUCAGGUUCUCAAGCCUCUAGAUGUAAAAACCAAAUUCUACAAUGCCGAGAGUGACCUCAGUUCUGUGACAGAUGAGGUGUUCCUGGAAGCACAGAUCCAGAACAUCACCACAUCCCCAAUGUUCAUGGAAAAGGUGUCUCUGGAACCUUCUAUGAUGUAUAACGUUACUGAACUCAACACUGUGGCUGCUGAAGAACUGAGCGAGUCGACGUUUGGGACGAUGUCCUAUCUUCAGCCCUCGGACACGCGGCAGUAUUUAUACUGCCUGAAGCCCAAGCCAGAGUUUGCAGAGAAGGCCGGGGUUAUAAAGGGGGUGACGGUCAUUGGCAAACUAGACAUUGUGUGGAAAACCAACCUUGGAGAGAGAGGCAGACUACAGACCAGCCAACUACAGAGGAUGGCUCCUGGUUACGGUGACGUCAGGCUUUCUCUUGAACUCAUCCCAGACACUGUCAAUCUUGAAGAACCUUUUGACAUCACCUGUAAAAUCACCAACUGCAGUGAGAGGACCAUGGAUCUGCUGCUGGAGAUGUGUAACACUCGGUCCAUCCACUGGUGUGGGGUGUCGGGCAGACAGUUGGGUAAACUCAGCCCCAGCGCUUCUCUAUCUAUUCCACUCAAGGUCCUGUCAUCUGUUCAGGGCUUACAGAGUAUAUCAGGACUGAGAUUAACAGAUACUUUUCUGAAAAGGACGUACGAAUAUGAUGACAUCGCACAGGUCUGCGUGGUCUUUCCUUACACUAGUCCAGAGAGUUGAACCCCCCUUUGUGGAUUUUUGCACUGUGUAUCUCAAUGGACCAAUUUCAUGUUUGUGUGUAAUACCUGUCACCUUGUGCUCUUUUUCUUUGCUCUUUAAUGUGGUCGUUUUAAAAUGUCAUUUUAAGCCCUUAAUCAUGAUUUUAAGUGUUUGUCAAUGUGAAUAAAACCGUUUCAAAACAGGAA